UGCAACUGAAAUCGCGGUAUUGGGGUGAAGUCCUCAAGAUGGUGCUUCGUUACUUGGCGCUAUCCUUAGCGUUAUGAUCAAGACGUCUCGCCAUUGCUAUCAGUGAUGUACAUAAGUACGUAGCCAUUCCUUAAUGCCGAUGUUUCAGGGCUGGAAAGCGAUACCGGUAGUCGCACGUGAUAGGGUUGUCAUGGACCAAGCGGCUGUCGACGAUAUGGACGACACUGCCUCUAAUGCGCUGAGCCUCAGCGCGUUUAUGGGCAUAUUGGUCCUCACGGUGCUGAUUGGCAAUGUCAUUCGCCGCACGGGGUUCAAAUGGGCGACCGAGGGCAGUGUGGCGCUGCUGCUGGGGGUGUGCACCGGGGGCGCCAUGUUCCUGUACUACUGGCUGGUGGACCCCGGUCACCGGGUGCCCCGGCGGCUGGUGCAGUUCGAUGAGAGCGUGUUCUUCCAGACACUGCUGCCGCCCAUCAUCUUCUCAGCGGGCUUCUCCGUGAAGAAGAAGCUCUUCUUCCGCAACUUCGCCACGCUGCUGCUGCUGGGGGUGGGCGGCACCGCACUCUCUGCGGGGCUGCUGGCGGCGGUGGCGCGAGGCGUCAUGG